AUGUUCAUCCCACUACCGGUCCCCUUGGUCUUCCAAAGAUCCGCCGGCCCGGAGCACGGAUGGCGCCUCAAAUCGCCGCUCGCCCUGCGCUCUGCAAACGAAGUAAGAAUGUCUAAGCCCUUGGAACUGGAGAAGGUGCGCCUGGAGCUGCAAGAAGACCACACGGAUACAGAAAGAAAUGGACCUGACACAAACCAUCAGACUCAGCAGAGCAAACCUUCCCCGUUCUCCCCAUCCCCAACCAUCACGGGCACCAAGAUCAAAGCUGAAGAUUCUACAGAAAUGCCUCCAGCUCCAGCCCCAGCCCCCGCCCCAGCUCCAGCCCCUCAAGCUCAGCAGCCACACCUACCCCAGGCUCAGCUCAUGUUAGCGGGCAGCCAGCUUGCUGGGGUAAGUGCAACAGGCAGUUUCUGCAAUUCACCUUUGGAUGAAACAAUGUCUGUGGACUCCACGCUUCCCAGCCCCAACCAGCUGAGCAGCCCCAACCUUGGUUUUGAUGGGCUGCCGGGCCGACGUCGCAAGAAACGGACCAGCAUUGAGACUAAUGUCCGCUUUGCAUUGGAAAAAAGCUUUCUAGCGAACCAGAAGCCUACCUCAGAGGAGAUCCUACUUAUUGCUGAACAGUUGAACAUGGAGAAGGAGGUGAUUCGUGUCUGGUUCUGCAACCGCCGCCAGAAGGAGAAACGGAUCAACCCUUGCAGCUCUGCUCCCAUUUUGCCUGCCCAGAGCAAGCCUGCUGGCUACAGCCCUCACAUGGUGACCAGCCCAGGCACUGGCACAAGUUUGCCCCUCUCCCAGGCUUCCAGUAGUCUGAGCACAACAGUUACUACCUUGUCCCCAGCAAUCUGCUCCCUAACCCCCAGUCGGACAGCGGUUGGAGCAGGGGGCACCACCCUCAACUCGGUCACGCCACCCCCAAGCAACAGCACAAACCCCAGUCCUCAUCCAGCUCUCAGCUUGCAAGGCCUGAAUCCCAGUACGGGAAGCACAGUGCUAGGGGUGAAUGCAGGGUUAAACCCAGCGCUAAUGGCCACCAACCCACUGGCCACCAUACAAGCCCUGGCCAGUGGUGGAAGCCUGCCAAUUACCAGCCUUGAUGCCAGUGGUAACUUAGUCUUGGGUACCACUGCAGGCACAACUGGAAGCCAGAGCAUCGUGACCUCGCCGCUCUUCCUCAACCACGCGGGCCUGCCUUUGCUGAGUGCUGCCCCCGGAGGCGUGGGGCUGGUGUCAGCAGCUGCUGCCGUGGCUGCUUCUAUGCCUAGCAAGUCCCCUACCCUGACUUCCUCCUCCUCCUCUUCCUCUUCCUCCUCCUCUUGUUCCUCAUGCAGCUCCUCCAGUGACAUGGUGCAGACAAUGGGGCAAGUUGGAACUGGAUCCACCGAACCGGAUGCCAAGACGGAGUGAGGACUCAGGAGCAUCCACGCUGCCUUUUCUGACAUGGCGGGGGUAGCCAGGAGUGGACGUACAAACCGACACAUGAAACCAAAAAAAAAAAAAAAAACCAAAACAAAAAACCCAAGCAAACCAAAAUCACCAAAACCAAACAUAGAAAUGUCAGCAACAGCCAAACGAAAAAAAAAAAAAAAAACCAAACCAAAACCAAAAAAUAAGCAAACAAGCAAAGCAAAAAGGGAAAAAAAAGGAAGAAACCAAAAAAAGAAAGUUCCCCAAACCUUUGGCAUUCAUUUGUUUUUCCCCUCUGCAAAAGGUGACAGUCGAUGGUCUGUUUGGUUUUUUUAAUGAUUUAUGUUUUUUUUUCUUCAUCUGCUCGUUUCCUGGACAGUAUCAGAAAGGAAACCAAUAAAUGGGGAUAUUUUUUUUGUAAAAAAAAAGAAAAAAGAAAAAAAUACUUUUAAAAGAACCUUUAAAAAUCCUUAAGGGGAAUACAGAUCUCACACCAAAAAUCACCAGUUCUAGCUUCACCCAAAGCUUUUUACAAACUUUUCUAUCUUCAGUGUCUGGUCGAAUGUCUUUCAAAAUGCUUUUAUUUAUUCUUAUUUAUUCUUUCUCUUUUCCUUGGAUCCAGAAAGAGUUUGGGCAGGAAAAGAAUGGAUUGAUUUAAUUUCAGGAUCUUCCUAUAAAUAUUUUCUUUAUUUUUUAAAUGAUUAACAAAUGUUUCUGGUUUUUUUGCUCUCUCUUUUUUUUUUAAUGAAACAAAUAAGAAGCUUUAUACAAAUAGGGGGAUUCUUAUAAGAAAUGAAGGCUAGGAUUUUCAAAGGCAAUAAUGAAAAUCAGACACCGGGUUCCCUUUCUGGAAACUGGUUUCUUGAUUGAUGUCCUGCAAUGAGUUAUUUUUUAAAUUAUUUCUGCUGCAUCUUGUUUGCAAAGAGGUUAUUUGAUUCAUCAGCCCUGGGAUAGGCUCCACUAAAGGAGUUUGUGAUCACAAAAUUCAGAUUACUUGCCAGCCAAAAUCUAUAUUAGUUCUCUGGGGCUAAAGAGGUGGGGAACCGUUUUAAAAAAAUUUCUUUGUUGAAGUCCCUUUUGAGAUGUAUACAUUGCAGCAGGCAUUUGAUGCAUCAAAACCCAGAUAUUUGCAAUGCCUGUUUCUGUCUCUCUCAAAGACUUCCCCCCUAUAAUAAGAAUGAAGGAGUUCCGUCCGGCUGGAAUUACUUUAUUACUGUUAGCAGGGCUACUCAGAGGGUCUAUAAUGUAAGUACUUUUUGCAGGACAAGAGGCAUUAUUGAAAGUCACAGUCUUCAAAUUUUUAAGGAUGGGCAGCACUAAACCUUUGCUUUUUUUCUAUCAGCUUGUACCUUUUCUUUGCCAGCUUUAAUUUUCUAUUGAGCUUAGCUAAAAAAAUGUUUUUAAUUGGUUUUGCCUGGGGUUAGUAUCAGGGGUUAUUUUUUUGAA